AUGGAGGCCAUCGAGGAGCGCAAGAAUAUGGGAGCUGCUUUCCGCACCCCUUCGAGAAAGCGGACUACAUACGCAGCGAUGACCCCAGCCACGAAAACCUCGAACAAGGAGGACGAGCAGGCCCCUAUUGUUGGGACCGGUGGCACCUCCGAGCUCCCCAAGUCGGACCCAUACUUGGCCUCGCCAUCCGUGAGUGGUGGCUUACCCUUGCCGUCCAGCGCCACAAGAUCCAGGUCAAGGAUGACACCGCGAAUGCCGAUCAAGUGCGUGGGCCGGACCCCCAAGCGCACCACAAAGAAGGGAAGCCUAGCGGACAAGCUCGAUGCUCGAAGAGCUGCGGCGGAUGCGGCUGGAAUCCACGAGAUCGAGGAAGAAUCGGACGAGGAACAGCUCCUGAACGACCUCGCGGCGACCAAGGCGCAGGUGGAGAUCCCGACCGAUGUGAUUUCUUCGAUCGACGGGCUCUUGACCCAGGUGAUAGCAAAGUACAUUGGCUAUCCCAAAUCUCACGGGACAAGCGUGGACCUGUGGUCUGAGAUUUCUUCGACCCGUGGGCCCCGGAACGAGGUGAUAGCGGUGCACAUCGGCUAUCCCAAUCAGGAGAUGACCGUGACGAUCAUGGAGGAACCCAAGGAGAUUUCUAUGACCUGUGGGCUCUGGACCAAGGAGAUUUCUUCGACCCGUGGGCACCGGAACGAGGUGAUAGCGGUGCACAUCGGCUAUCCCAAGCAGGAGAUGACCGUGACGAUCAUGGAGUAUCACAAACUGAUGGAGAUUUCUGUGACCUGUGGGCUCUGGACCAAGGUGAUAGCGAAGUACAGUGGCUAUCCCGACCAGAAAAGGACACACGUGGACCUCUGCCUCGCUACCGGACAGAAAAGCUGCCGAGAGAGCAGCUUCAGAAGGGAACCCCAGGAGAUUUCUUCGACCCGUGGACACCGGAACGAGGUGAUAGCGGUGCACAUCGACUACCCCAAGCAGGAGAUGACCGUGACGAUCAUGGAGUAUCACAAACUGAUGGUGGCGAAUGGGGAGACACUGCACGACAGUUUGAAAACUCGAGGGAGAGAGACCAGCUUCACAAGGGAACCCAAGGAGAUUUCUGUGACCUGUGGGCUCUGGACCAAGGUGAUAACGAAGUACAUUGGCUAUCCCGACCAGACAAGGACGCACGUGGACCUCUGCUUCGCUACCGUACAGCAAAGAGAUUUCGUUGAUCUGUGGGCUUCGGACCAAGGUGAUAGCAAAGUACAUUGGCUAGACCGAGCAAAUGGGGCCAACAGUCGACGAGAGAUAUAUUGCCACAGAGGCAACCUGAAUGGAGAGCAGCUCCAGGAGGGAACCCCAGGAGAUUUCUUCGACCUGUGGCUCAAUUUGAAGAAUAGCUCGUGGGUCGUACUAGGACGUUCAACCGAUGAGCUGGGGACAUGGUUCUUGGAAUGUGGCCGUGCUCUGUCCAUGGUGAUCACGCUGACUUUAGUAGGUGUUCUCACAGCCCAUCUAUGCUGGUGCCGGCCGCUAGCUAUGUCUUCCGACAGGACACGGGUCCGACCUACCUGGGCGAAGCUCCUUCUUGCCUUCUCAGUUCUGCAGGUGGGACAAGCUGGGGGUGAUGUCAAUGAACACCUGGGAACAUGGAGGCAGCCUUCUGAUGUUGAACUAUGGAGAGCUGGACAGUUGACGCGUAGAGAGCAGGCUGUAAGGGCGGAGGGAGAGUUCAUCCUCAGCCAGCCACUGGAGAGUGGUGGCCUAUUACCCACGACUAUGUAUGCAGGUGGACCGCCCACCCCUUUGCCACAGCCACCAGAAGCCCUGGACACUGAAGAGCCCCCUGUGGACCCCUUCGAGUUUGUCGAGGAUCUGGUACCUACGCACCACAUCUCCUUUUGGAUAUGUGCACCCUUCCAUGAGCCAGAAAGCCUGGAUGUUGCUGUCUCCUUCCCCCAAACAAUGAACCAGAUUCAGGACACGAUAUGGGAAUCUAUACGCGUCCUGGACACUCACUGGUUUGUGGAGCUGCUGCCGACAGUCCCUCAAAUCUCCGGGGCGUAUGGUAGCUUCAUCAUGUUACCGAGAUGGGCACUGCAGGGAGACAAGAAGGCGGUCGUCUUGGACGCGUCGGGGAUUGACAAGGGGACCUUUGCCUUUUAUAUCAGCUCCCCCAUCACCCGCUUCGCAGUGCUGAACCAGCUUGCCCUGGACACUACGAUGGAGUUAGAUGUCUUUGUGGGCGGAUCAUUUGCUCCUCUCCAAGAGGACGAGGGACAGAACCCCUCCAACGGAUGCCUCAUCAAGGUGCUCCGGCGGGGAGAGGUCGUCGACUGGCAGGGCAGGGUCGAAGACCGACUGCACGACCCUGCCCUAUGGAAUCCUGAAACAGACCACCCGGCACACGUGGGUAGCAGAUUCAUCGAAUUCCAAACCACCGACGAGACACACCUGCACCCGCUGCAGCGUCAGUGGCAGCAGGGGCCAAUGAAUGUCGCUGUGCAGACAUUCGGCCUCAACCCGGAGAACGUGUGGCUGAGAUCGCCAACAGAGCGGCCAAAGCGUCUCUACAAGGCUGGGCACCGUGUUUACUCCCUUGUGGCUGUCCUCAACGAAAGCCGCCAUCGGCAGGCCACGACAUCCAUAGUGUUUUUCGACUUGCGGCCAAUAGGACAUUGGGUGCAAUGGCUGGCGGUCGACGGAGAACGAGUUCACCCAGGAGAGUAUCUAGAGGGACUACAGCUGCCCUUCUACGAUGGUUUCACUUUGGUAGUCUAUGGUGGACAAAGGCAUGGAGACCAGGGCUACCUCACGAUCAAGGACGGCGACGUGCUCGAGGUCCACCUCCAGCCCGACGGGGAGGUGACGCCAAAUAGCCCUACCUACAGUAUGGUGGUGCCACUUAUUACGCCGCGGCAGCACGAUCUCCCACAGGACACUGAUCUGGAGACGUGGACCUCUGGACAGAGAACUGUGAGGGAGCAGAUGGCAGAGGCGUGGGACCAACACGUACUUAGCAACCCGCUUGAAAGGACCCCGGGUGAAGCAGACGUUCCGCGGUGGACGGUCCCGGUCGCUGAACCGGCCGGACCCGGUACGAUGCCGACAAUGGAAGAUCUUGGCCGCCAUGUGACCAUUUGGGUGGCAGCGCCGUAUUAUGAGGCAGAGGUGCUCGAUGUGGACCUCCCACUGCCUUUGCGGAUGUCUUCCUUCCGGGAUGCCAUGAGAGGAGCGCUUACGGUGAUACCUGACGCUCUGGAUGACUAUGUGGCCACCGUCCCCCAAAUCGAUGGACAUUAUGCUAGCUUUGUCGCGCAGCCUGUCUGGCUGGACGAUGCUGGAAAGUUCACGUUGAUCAUGGAUACAAGGAUGAUGGAGGGCACAGUGUUUGCCUUCUUCACCGACAUGCCACUAGACAGACAAACCAUUGUCAGCAAUCUCCCCGACUAUGGAGACGCCGCUUUCGACAUCUACUACUUUGGUGAACAUCAGCCGUUGGCAGACGGACUGACUAUCCAGCCCAUACCAGGCGGGGUGAUCAAGAUAGUCCCGGCUGGUGCCCUUUGUGAAUGGGCUGAUGAGCUGACCCCGCGACUUCAGCAACCGGAUCGCUGGCUCCCCCACCCUGACCCGCCCGAAGCCCACCCUGGACUCCACACUGUAUAUCAGUCGGCGAAUGACCAGGUGAUUGAGGAGAUUGAUGAUGACGACAUCCAUCCCCUUGAGGAGGCGGCUGCAGAGGCACUCUCCGUCGACUACGAGUGCCGCGUCUACCUGCCCAACGAAAGGAUGCCAAGCUUGGCACAUGGAGGGAGGAGUAUAUGGGAACAGGUCGCUGUCCUUCCGGCGAGUGAGGACCGCGGGCGUCAUACUACUGUGGUCUUCCUGGACCUCAGGCAGUUGGGGUUCUUCCCCCAAUGGGUUCAAGUGGAUGAGCCCUAUUUCACACCGAGUGAUUACAUCGACGGCCUCCAAAUACAAGGGGUGCAAGAUUGGACCAUUACAGUGAUUGGGGGGGUCCCUCGAGGACCCGAUCAACUUGAAGUCCGUCACCAAGAGGUCCUGACUUUCACUCUGAACCCGCCCGAGUCCUCGCCAGAAGAUGAUGACAUGAGCAGUGGCGACAACGAUGGGGACUCGAGCUCAUCAUCAAGCGCUACGGAUCCACUACCGCACUCCAGUGACUUCAGCAGUGGCCCACCUAACAGUCCGAGUGGUGGGCCGUAUGGACCGCCCCCACCCCAGCCUGUAGAUAGAAGCCGCUCGCCAAGACGUCGACUGGAUGGAGCGGAGACCACAAAGAUCCUUGCCCUGGCUGACCAUUGCCCGGUCCCAGUCUAUGAUAUGGACAAGGAAAGUCUACGACUACAACCAGAGCCAACAGCGUUGGCCGAGAUGCUCCGGCCCUGGCCCCCGAGCUGGAUGCAGUUUGAUGUUGGCAAGUUCCUAUGGAAGCCUGCGACAAUGAUGGCCCUUGCCAGUGUGGUACCAUGGACCGCCCUUAUUACGAGUGCUGGUGAAGGCGACCUGGGCCCUGAAGUACAUGUGUACACGGAUGGCUCUUUCAGCGAGACUGCGGGAGCCAGUGGUGCGGCUGCCUUGGUACUGCUACAGCGGGGCAAUUUGACAGCCGUGCUCGGGGGUUUCGGAACCCGAAUCCUCGGGGACCCAGAUACGCUCUGGAAAGCAGACCUACCGCCAGCGUUAAUGGCCGAGGAAGUGGCCAUUAUUCUGGCCUUGUUGUGGAUCGGACAGGCCACGUGGUUCCUACGAUUUGCAGCAGCCACCAUCCACUUCGACUGCCAGGCUGCCGGAAGAGGAGCUGACGGGACAUGGGCACCAUGUGACGGUGUCAUUGCCAAAGCCCACGAGCUUGAAAUGUUUGUGAAAGGGCUGCUUGGCAACAACCUCUACUUCGAGUUCGUCAAAGCCCAUGAAGGCCACCCGUGGAACGAAGCGGUUGAUGUGAUGGCCAAAGCUGCUUCCCAAGACAGCCCUGACUUACCAAGACCGCCUCACGAAAACUGCGGGGCCUACCUCCGCGGUACCCUCAGUUGGACCGCGGUGACCAAUUGGAGGCAGAACCCACGGGCGCUACCACUUGAUGUCUUUGGAGGUUUUCAAUGGGGCCCGGCCGAUCAAGCAGAAGGAUGUGAUGUUUGCCCAGAGGAGUCGGUACCUACUGUGGCAACGGUUUCCUCCAAGACUUCGGCGAGCCUGACUUUUCGAGCCCUGUCAGUCAACCUGCAAGGUUUGAAGGGCAAACAUGCCUACAUCGAGGAGCAGCUCUCUUGGCGCGGGGUACAAAUCGCCUGCAUCCAGGAGACCAAGGAUUAUGAUGGCAUGGUUCACACCAAGAAAUACCUGCGUCUGGCUGCCCCUUCGGAUGCCCAUUGGGGAACGGCCAUCUGGCUGAGCAAGGAAUAUGGGGCCUUCACAGUGGACGGUGCUGCAGUGAUCGUCACUGAGGCGGACGUCGAGAUCAAGUGCAGCACCCCCCGACUCCUCUUUGUCAUUGUCAAAAAGGCUGGGAUGAUGAUUGCCCUCUUCUCGGGCCACUCCCCCCACGGGGGACAAGCGGAGGAGCGACUACUUUUCUACAGCCAACUGAGCAGCCUACUGAUGCCCCUCCACCGAGCAGACGUUGUGGUUGGGGGCAUUGAUGCCAAUGCCAGACCGCCUUCGGACUUUGCGCAAGUCACUGGGGCGCGAACCUACGGUGACAGUGACCAGGCGGGUGAACAACUGGUCCAAGUCCUACACGAGCAUGGCAUGUGGCUCCCGGCGACGUUCCACGAGUACCACUGGGGAAGCGACGUGACCUACCAACACCCGUGUGGGCCGGAACAUCGGAUCGAUUUCCUUGCACUUGGUGGAUGUUCUGCCUGUAAUGAAGUUGCUAGCAGAGUGGCUACCGACUUUGACACGGCUAACAAGCUUGAGGACCACCGGGCUGUCGAAGUCGAGGUUGGCAUGACCACUGGGCCGCUUCACGAUGCAAGAAAACUCUACCGACCACAAUUUGACAGGACGGCUAUGAGGUCCGAUGCUGGGCGGGCAAUCAUAUGCACUGCGAUGCAGAAAUAUGUCCCACCGGACUGGGGUGUUGGAGUUGAUCGGCGCUGCCAACAUCUACAAGACUACCUUGUGAAGGUGAUGGAGGAACAUUUCCCAGUGAGUCGUGGAGGAAUGCGAGCCACCUAUAUCUCUCCGGAAGUGUGGGACUGGCGGAAUGCGAAGCUCCACCUCAAGUCAUGUGCCCGCCACCGCCGGAAGAUGUGGGAGGCUGCUUUGGCCGCCGCCGUCUCCUGGUGGGCAGGUGCGGACAUCAGAUGGACCCCCAGGGCGGUUGCAAAGCACGAUGUCCUCUACCAGCUUGUCGCGAGUGCCAUUACUUUCGCGACGGAGCGUAUCAAGAAAAAGAUCCGCCAGGACAAGCAAGCCUUCUUGCAAAGUUUGGUGUAUGAUGGCCUAUCGAGUGUGGGCCAAAUCCUACAGCGGCUUAAGAAGAGUGGAGUUGGCGGCAAGCGAAACCGAGUGCGUCGGCUCCCGCUCCCUAAGCUUGUCCAGGAAGAUGGCGUCGUUGCAAGCAGCCGACACCAGCAUGACGCAGUGUGGCUGCGACAUUUUGCCGCGCAGGAGUAUGGCGAGAUUCUGCCGGCCUCCACAUUCCUGGAACAGGCCUCCCGGUUGGAAAGCCUCCCCGCGGACUUUCAAUGGGUGCCGGAGGACCUACCGAGUCUGUUGGAGAUCGAGGGAUGUCUUCGCGCUGUGCCAUUUGGAAAGUCACCUGGUCUCGACAAUGUGCCGGGGGAACUGCUUAGGGCAGCCCCAGCACAGAUGGCGGCUGCCAUUCAGCCGUUAUUUGUCAAAGCACUGGUUCAGCUGAAGCAGCCGGUGCAAUGGAGGGGGGGCAUCCUAUAUGCUGCCUGGAAGGGUGCUGGCAGAGUGGACGAUCCAAACAGCCACCGCUCACUGUUUGUCAGCAGUACCGUUGGCAAAUCGUUCCAUAAACUGGUUCGAGGCCGAGGCCAAGCAGCGCUACAAACUGUACUACAUGGACUACACCUCGGCAGCCGAAAAGACGCCCCCAUCGGUUUUGCGUCGAUGUACCUCUUAAGCUUCCUCCGCGCCAACAUGCGGCGCAAGCGAUGCUAUGGGGCCCUCUUCGUCGACACCAAGGCGGCGUAUUACAGAGUUGUGCGGCAGGUUGCUGUAGGAGCUUUGGACAAAGACGAGGAUGUUGCCAGAUUGCUGUCCCACUUUGGACUCCAGCCCGAGGACAUGCACCACCUGCUCCGUAUGGUACAGGCGGGGGGACUCAUGAGGGAAGCGGGCAACCAGGAGAGUGUCACGGCUGCUUGCGCAGACUUCCACCGGGCCACCUGGUUUGUAUCGAGCUACUCGGCUGGCAGCAGCCUGGCGACGACACGAACAGGGUCGCGCCCAGGAGAGAGCUGGGCAGACGCCAUCUUCUCCUACGUGUACGCCAGAGCUGUUGGUACCCUGGUUGAAAGAGCGGAUGGUGAAAGUCUACUUUCGUAUGUCGAGCAUAACCGAUGCAAUGGGAUUUUCCCUGGGCCACCGGCGCAGCUUGCUUCGAUUGCGCGGGACGGUACAUGGGCAGACGAUUCAGUGCUGCCUGUCGAGGAUCCGUGCCCGCAACGGUUGGUCUUGAAGCCCAAGAGGCUGUGCCCAUUGACCAUCGCGACCCUUGAAGAGUUUGGGCUCCAGCCCAACCUUAAACCAGGCAAGACCUCAGCCGUCAUCCACCUGCAAGGAAAGGGAGCACAGGCAGCCAGGAAGAUGGCCUCCAAAGCAGGCAAGCCUGUGCUUUGGCUGGAGGACCUGCGAGUAGAGGUCCCUGUCGUUCCCCAUUAUGUUCAUUUGGGGGGGGCGAUCGACGCCAAGCUCACGAUGAAGCUGGAAAGCCGACGCCGCCUUGCCCUUAUGGGGUCGGCCUAUGACCAGGGAAAGAAGCUGUUGUUCCAGAACGCCACCAUCCCGCUGCAGGUGCGCGCAAAGCUAUUCGAAGUGGCUGUGCGCUCCACCCUGUUCAACCUGUCCCUCUGGAUUCCUGAAGGAGAGACUUGGAACAGCCUUGCUGGUGGUUAUGCCAGAUGUCUCCGGCGACUACUGGCCACUACGUUCAAGGGAGAUCAGUUGUUCAAGAUACCGCUGGUACUGGUACAUGUCCGUCUGUUUUCGGCAAUUGUUCUGAACGGGCCGGACAUAUUGUGGGCUGUGCUUCAACAAGAGCAAACAUGGUUUGACAGGAUCCAGCGGGACUUGCUGAUGCUCAAACAGUUUGAUGAUUCCUGGCCGCCAGUGAGCUUGGCAAGCUGGGGUACGUGGACCAACUACAUUGUCCAGCAGCCGAAGCGCUUCAAGGCGGCUGUGAAACGAAUGCUUCGAGCUCGGCACUCUGCCGACAUGGAAAAAGGCCGGGAUUUGGUUGCCUUGUGGACGAUGCGGAGAAUGUUGGGUUAUCCAGAGGCUGAUGUGCUGCCAGGCGGUGAGCUGUGGUCCUGCCGUGCCUGCAGACGGAGCUUCCGCAGUAAAGGUGGCCUCGGCGCGCACAUGUUUAAGGUCCAUGGCCGCAAAGCUGCUUUCCGUUCAUGUGCGACAGGGACGGUGUGUGCUGCUUGUGGCACGCAAUACUGGUCGGAGAUGCGACUGGCAACGCACCUUCGGGAUUCCCCCUGGUGCACAAAUGUGCUUCGCACCAGAGGUCAUGCUGCUGAGUCACUGCAGCCUGGCUUUGGUAGCACCCUCGCCCGGCAACGCGCGGCAGAGCAGUUCACGCCAGCACCCACUACAAGAGUCCAAGAGCCCCUCCCGGACGUGGACGACGUGAAGUGGAGCAACGAGGCCACUGAGGCCUAUAAGGAGGUCUGCUUUGAGCUAUUUGAGCGGGCAACGUGGACCUCUAUGCAAGCAGUGUUGGCCAUCAUUGUCGCGGUCUUUGACAAGCACCCCCUCUACUCCAGCGAGGAGAUUGAGUUGUGCGACUAUAUCAGGUCGGAAAUCCAGGAGCUAGCUGCUGGCCAUCGGGACCUCCUAUGGGACGAGACUUCCCGAGGUUUUGUCAUGGAGGCCUUGGAGCAAGCGGCGAUCCGGCCGAGCUAUGGUACUGUCAAGGAUACGCGUGAAGGACAAAUGUCCUGGAAGGAGUUCGAGGCCGAGGUCGACGAGUUUCAGUGGGACCAGGCCGUUUCAGAUAAACUUCUGAGUUGCGGGACCCAUGAGCCGGCGUCUGAAACCCUGUGCAUAGACUGGGAAGCAGGAAAGCCUAUGUAUAGUGACACCGGGGAUUUUCCUGCCGCGACACUCGACUCCUCUCGUUUUAUCCCAAUACAGCUCCGUACAGUUUGGCAGAAAGUUCUACAGGGAACGGUACAGACCAUUUCUGCCUCUGAGAGCUUUUGGGGUCACCCCUUAGCGGCGCCCUUCGCUGCGCUGCGGGGCAAAGCAUGUAAUUAG